AUGCUUCACAAAUGUGCCGGUGAUCCUUCCAGAAUAUUCCCUGUGGAUGAUAUCCAGGUGACUGAGGAACUCUCAUAUGAGGAACUCCCUAUGGCCGUACUGGAUCGCCAAGUCAAGAGAUUGCACACCAAAGACGUCGCCUCUAUCAAGUCUCCAUGGGAUGUCAUUACUUUCCCCAAUGAAGACCCAUCACAUUUUCAGCCAUCGCCACCAUCUUCUUUUGCUCAUCAGUUUGAUGGAUAUGUUGUUAAUGAGACCUUUAAUGAUUCUAAUGAAACUGUCAUGAGUAAUAAUGUUACUAAGGACGUGGAUGUUGAUGUUUUUGUUGCUGUUGAGAAAAUUAAGCAAGACAAAGACAAGGAUAUAGAGAUGGAGGAUCUAGGGUUAUUAAUGUACCAGACUAAUAAUGAUAAUAAGAAAAAAGAGAAGCAACACGAGGUUGUAAUGGCGGAGAUGAAAAGUACGCGCCGCCACCCAACUUAUGCUGAAAAAUCAUCAUAUUCCUCUUUUGAUCCUUGUGAAUUCUACUAUUAUUCAGGUUUUGGUCCAUUAUGGGGAAAAAAAGGGGUGCAAGCUGGAAGACUAAUCAUCCUACAACAAGUAUCGAAGGAAACAAUUCAACCAAAGAUGCUGAACAAUGUUCAUCUUUCCAAGUGGAUAAUGAAGAAUUUGACUAUGUUGAACUUGCAAACGAGGAUGAUCAUCAUGAAGAAGAAAAUGGGAAGAAGAAGAAGAGGAGACCCUGGAAGCAUUAAAGCUAGGUCAAUCAGAUCUAUAAUGUAAAACAUAUUUUGUAUGUUGAUGUUUAAGUAUUGAGUAUCAUUAAAAAAUCUUUGUUAGGAUAAGGUCGUUUUUAGCAUAUGAUAGACUAUUUUGGUUUCAUGGUUAGAGUGUUCUACUUCUGGUGAUAUAAGCAUAUCUCGACAUUAAUGACAAUGUUCAAGUUAAUUCUUGAA